AUGUCGUCGGAAUAUCUGUCGCCAAUCCUGAACCAAGCCGGCGUUCGUUGCUUCAAUGUCCCGGGGUCUCAAGAAGAACUUGCCAACCAGGGCCAUCUUUCGAAUGCAAUUACAGUCCCAUCAAACGCUGUCAUUGUUCACGUCACUGGCCAGGUUGGAAAUCUCGAAAGUGGCGAAGUCCCCACCGACUACCGCGAGGAGUACCGCCAGGCUUUUGAAAAUGUCAAGGCAGUGCUGCAAGCUGCGGGUGUCGAAACAGGAUGGCAGGCAGUUUACAAGGUGCAUUUCCUCACGCUCGAUACCUCGACAGAGAGGCUCGGGGAAUGGCUCAAGAACAUCAAAGAUUACUGUGGCGACACUAGACCGACGACGACGGCUAUUGGGGCUAAAGAAAUUGCGUGGCCUGGCGCGACACUGGAGGUUUUUGUGGAAGCGAUCAAACAGCUCUAA